AUAUAUAUAUUUAGUCGGCGAAUCUAAACUACCUAUUUAACCACGUAAUAGGUACAUUAAACUCCUAUAACUUUGAUGGCUAUCUCAAAUUGGAUGUUCCAUAUUCCACUAUGUUCCCAACUGUUCAAUACUUUUAAGCUUAUCAAAUUCAGCUCAGCUUUAAUGGCUACUACGUGCGGCGCAUGCGCAAAGGUCUGGGUCGCCCAAUGGGCCGAAAACUUUCUUCGUGGACUGCCCGCGAAUCGAGUGGUCAGUUGCCCGAUGCGGUUCGCGAUGUCCAAACGCGAAAGUAAAAGUUUUCCCAGCCAAGUGCUGAUAGUACUACUAGUUGUGUUCUUCAAUCAGGCUCAAUCGGAGUCCUUAAGCAAGGAGUUUCCGCAGGCCAAGUUCGAAUGGCCCUCAUUUGGCUGGAUGCGCAAUAAGACCACCAAAGGUACGCCCUCUCUGGACCUAAAAAAUGACUACAGUCAAAUGGAGCUGGCCAACUUCGGGGACUUUGAUCGUCAUCCCUGCAGAAGGGUUUGCCAGCAGGGCCAAACGCAGAGCUGCUACUACCAACUGGUGGUGCACAAUUACCAAAGACUGGGACCCGAGUGUCAGCGAUGUCAGUUCGAUGAGAGGGCCUGUGCGGCGGAACAUUGCAUUUUUGGCGAUGGAGUGGCCAAUCCCGUGAUGGCUGUCAAUCGCAUGGUUCCAGGACCUCCCAUUGAGCUCUGUGAGAAUGAUACAGUGGUGGUUGAUGUCCUUAAUUACCUGGGUGAGCCCACAGCGAUGCACUGGCAUGGCAUUCAUAUGCACCGAACGCCCGAAAUGGAUGGAGCCCCGUUCAUCACCCAAUACCCAUUGCAACCUGGCGAAGUGCAGCGCUAUGAGUUCCAGGCGGAUCGCAGUGGCUCGCUGUGGUAUCACAGCCAUGUGGGCUGGCAGCGAGGAUUUGGAGUGGCUGGUGCCUUGAUAGUUCGCCAAACGCGACAGGAGAACCAGCACUCGCAGCUCUACGAUUACGACCUGGUGGAGCACACCCUGAUGAUCCAGGACAUCUUCUACGAGUACAACCUGCAGGACGUGCGCAAUAUCCUAGUAAAUGGCAAGGGGCGCAAUCAUCUCAGUCAGCUGCCAGACAACGACAAUCGUCAUCGGUACGAGAGACUUAGGGUAACGCCUGGCUAUCGCUAUAGAAUGAGGGUCAUACUCAAUGGUAUAGCCAACUGCCCCGUGGAGUUUUCCAUCGAACAGCACAAGCUAUUGAUCAUCAGCACCGAUGGCAAUGACAUCGAACCCGUUCUGGCCGAUGGCUUCUUCUUGACCUCCGCGGAGCGUUUUGAUUUCGUCUUGGAGGCCAGCCAGUAUGCGAAGAACUAUUGGAUCAGGGUUCGUGGCUAUGAGCAGUGCGAGGGACGCAACCUCUAUCAGGGAGCUGUGCUCAGCUACCGUGGGUCAACUCGUGCCGAGCUGCCACAGGGUAAUAUCCUGGAUAAGCCAAGUAGUAGGUCUGCAGAAGAUGAUCUGUUAUUGGUCAAUGAUUUCCGCUACAAGCCCUCGAAUUCCUCGAAUGCAUCAUCGCUUCGACUAUCCUUGGACAAGGAUAACAACGUAGGCACUGUGGCUUUGCGUUCCGUGGAACCAGUGCCCUGGACUCGUUACACCAAGUUCCUAACACAUUACUCCAGUUUCGGUUCGCGCACGGCUCCCAAUGGCGAGCUCCUCUUUCAGAUCGACGAAGUGUCGUACAAUUCGCCGGGAAUAUCCUUGCUGCAGGGCAGGCAUCUAUACCAGGACGAUGGCUACUUCUGCAACAAGAGCUCCCUGGCUGCAGAGGGGCGCAAUUGCGAAAGAGAACUUUGCGAGUGUGUCCAUGUGCUGCGACUGCCGGCCUAUCGACCUCUGGAAAUGGUGGUGGCCAACUAUCUGGACAGCACGCAUCCAUUCCACAUACACGGCUUCACAUUUCGGCUGGUCGGUCAAGGAGUGUUGGGCAAUCUCAACGAUCUGCGCAACAUCCGGGAACUAGAUCGCAGAGGACGUCUUUCUCGUUUAUCGGACGACAGCUUCGCCGUCGCCAAGGAUACGGUGCAAAUUCCAGGUCUAGGAUAUAUUAUUGUCCGCUUCAUCUCGAACAAUCCUGGAUUUUGGCUAUAUCAUUGCCAUGUUGAAGCACAUGCGGUCCAAGGAAUGGUUGCUGUCCUUAAAAUCGGCGAAGAUCACCAGAUGAAAAACAUUCCGGCACGUGUGCGCUGUUAAGGCUAAAGGUUACCUUAUUUUGCAAAUAUAAUUUGGGUUACACAUUUAUAUAUGAGAGCUUAUAAAAAAUACAUCAAUUAAUAUUUAUAAUAAUUUAUAUAAA